AUGUAUGAAGAAGCACGUGCCAUACUACAGGGCUACGAGUACUUCAAUUCUUGCAUAUAUACAGAUUUGAUCCCCCUCCAUGAACUUGGGUAUAAUCCUUACGUAUAUCCACUUUCCGAGAAACAUCUCCAAGCCGCAGUUUGGUGUCCCGAUUAUCUAAAAUAUGGUAUGCUUUGCAUGAUUGUGAGUCACAGGAUCAAUCAGAUAGGGAGUGCCAUUCCACCCCGAGCAAUGGUGGAGAAGUUUUACCUCUACUGGGGCCUUGCUGUCCGAUCUCUCAAUGAAUAUCUCGACAUGGAAGACAGGCGUUCAGGUGAUUCGGUUAUUGCCGGGAUAUUGACGCUGUUACUUGCUGAUAUCCAACAGGGGUCAUCACUCAAUUGGAGAUGCCAUUUAGACGCAAUUUACAGACUAAUCAUGUUGCGUGGCGGAUUUCACGUAGUGGCCGCAUCAAAAAGCAUGGAGCCACUGCUCCUUUGCUUCUGGUCUGUUGCAGUGAUGGGAAACACAACAUGUCCUGCAUCAGACCUCUUCAUGACCACUUUCCAGCUUGAGACUCUCAAAUUUUUGCCACAGCAAUACAUCACUACUGUAUCUCCAAUUCAGCUGUGCCCAGUGGCGCUUUUCAUUGAGAUUAUCAAGAUCAAUCAUCUUCGCAUGCGGGUUACAAGACCUGAUGCUGCUGGCACCAAGGCCUUUUUGAAGGAGAGUUUCGAAAUAUUGGAGCGCAUCAAUUGUUUCUCGCCUCAUCGAUUGGCUCAAUCUAAACGCUCAAAUCAAGAUGUUUGGGCAUUAGUCGGUCUUGUGUACCAGGCUGCUGUGGCAUUAUACUGCAUCCUAUCACUUCAAAGCCUCUCAGCCCUUCCUGAGACCCUAGCACUACGAGUGCAAUGUGCCACGCAUGGAAGACUUAUGCAAACGCUUUUGGUAGAAGCACUUGCGUCUAAAACCCUGAAAAGGUUCAUGAUUUGGCCGCUCGUUGUACUUGGGGUGGAAGCUGUUCACGGCGACACGCCUAUGCGCGCCUUUGUUGCUAAAGAACUGUCAGAACUUAGCCUGAGUGUUGGAAGCUAUGUGCCGCUCACAGCAAAACGAGUUCUCGGAGAGUUUUGGGUUUCUGGAAAAACUCGCUGGGAUGCCUGCUUUGAUAGACCGUAUGUCUUUACCGGGCAAAUUGCGGUGGACACGAGCGGCUUAAUGCCGUUAUACAAGUAA